GUACGAGUUCAGUUUGAAGGCAGGUGACAACGUACGUAAAAAUGACAAGCGAAGCACAGAUUGAGGAACUUUACAAGUUCAUUUACCCACUGGCAAUUCGAGCAGGUGAAAUAUUGUUUGAAGGCUAUCAGAAUGCGGGUAAAUCCGUUGCCCUGAAAUGCAACGAGUUCCACAAUGUGGUAACCGAGUAUGACAAUGAGAUUGAGGAAUUUCUGAUGUCUAGCAUACUGGCCACGUAUUCCGAUCACAAAUUUAUUGGCGAGGAAGAUACACACAAGAAUAAUAACAUCACCAAGGAGCUAACAGAUGCCCCUACCUGGAUCAUAGAUCCCAUUGAUGGCACCUCCAAUUUCAUUAAGCAAAUCCCUCACGUCUCUGUCUCAAUUGGACUCUCGAUUAACAAGCAAAUUGUGCUGGGUGUUGUGAAUAAUCCUGCCCAGAAGAAGCUAUACACAGCCAAGUUGGGACAGGGCGCCUUCUGCAAUGGCGAGAGAAUCCAUGUGAGCGACUGUGAGCAUCUCAAUGCUGCCAAUGUGGCCUACGAGGUGUGCCUGCUCCAUGCGCCAAAGAUAAGAAACAAGCAUAUCAAACGCAUUUACUACAUUGGCUCACAGGCUAGACGUUUAUUGGGUUAUUCCGCUGUCGUGGAUUCACUUUGCAUGGUCGCCGCUGGCAAUUUGGAUGCCUUUCACAUUGAGGACAUGUAUCCAUGGGAUUGUGCUGCGGGUUAUUUACUUAUACGUGAAGCUGGCGGCGUUGUAACCCAUCCCUAUGGUGGUCCCUUUGAGAUUAUGAAACCAGACUUGAUUUGUGCCGGCACUGAGACACUCCGGAAGCAAAUUGAGAAUCUUAUACGGAAAGCAGAUCUGGCAAAGUCUGUGGGUAGCGAAGAUGUGAAUGAAUAAUAAUAUUUUGUGCUUGAAAAGCUUUCGAAUAAAUAGAUACUUCCACA